AUGGUCAAGGUGGUCACAGGUCAAGGUGGUCUUGGCCUCAAGGUGGUCAUUUGGGCCCAGGAGACCAUGGCCAAGGUGGUCACGGGGUCAAGGUGGCCACAGGUCCAGGUGGUCAGAUGGUCACAGGUGACCAUGGCCAAUGUGGUCACAGUGCCCGAGGAGGACGAGUCACGGAUCAUCGGGGGCCGGCCCUGCUCGGUGCCCUUGCCCGAGGAGGACGAGUCAUGGAUCAUCGGGGGCCGGCCCUGCUCGGUGCCACCCGUUUUUUCCCGUUUUUUCACUGUUUCUCCCCAUUUUCCAGUGCCCGAGGAGGACGAGUCGCGGAUCAUCGGGGGCCGGCCCUGCUCGGUGGCCCAGCGCCCGUUCCAGGUGGCCCUGACCAAGCGGGGGCAGAUCCUGUGCGGGGGGAGCCUCGUGGCCGCCCAGUGGGUCCUGACGGCCGCGCACUGCCGGCAGCCCCUCAGGGUGACUCCGGGGGCCCGCUGGUGUGCGGGGGGUACCUGCAGGGCGUGGUCUCCUGGGGCCUGGCCGUGUGUGGUCAGCGUGGUCAGCCGGGCGUCUACAGCAACGUCUGCCGGGCCCGCGCCUGGAUCCGCCGCGUCACCGGGGAGUGACCGCGAGUGACCACGAGUGACCGCGAGUGACCAGUGACCAGCAGUGACCAGGAGUGACCACCAUGGACCAGGAGUGACCACGAGUGACCAGUGACCAACAGUGACCAGGAGUGAC